UCUGGCUUGCCCGCAGCAAAGUGAUGAUAACACGCCAAACAAGGUACAAUAAGAGCGCGUUGACUUUUUUUUUUUCCUACAUUUCGCCUGCUCUCUUCUGCGAGUGAUGCCUGAAUCUGCGGAGUAGCACGAUGGCUGUCGAAGCUGUUCACUGUAACCUGAGCCAAAAUGGCAUCGACCACCAGAUGUGCCCAGAGGACCUAACGUCACAGCUGGAGGAGGAGGAGGAGUCUGUGGAUGCGGGGGCUGUGCUUCUGGACGAUGACAGCCCCACCUAUCGGGACAUCAGCCCUCCCAUGUACCAGCGCCGCUCACCGCCACAUCGCUCAGUCUCCGAGUCCGAGCUGACACGGCCAGGGUAUGUGAAGCUGUCUAAGCCAGUGGCUCUGUGGACCCAACAGGACGUGUGUAAAUGGCUGAAGAAACACUGUCCAAACCAGCACCAGAUCUACAGCGACUCCUUCAAACAGCAUGAUAUCACAGGGCGGGCUCUGAUGAGAUUGACAGACAGAAAGCUGGAACGAAUGGGCAUCAUGCAGGAAGCCCAGAGGCAGCACAUCCUGCAGCAGGUCCUGCAGCUCCGCGUCCGGGAGGAAGUCAGGACCCUUCAACUACUCACACAAGCUUCUCUGGAGUGCACUCCAUCUUCACCCUAACCUGACGGAGACGCCCACUGCCCCCCUAACAUCUUCCAAACAUGUGAUCAUCAGUCUUCUCCACGGAACAAUCCCAGCUUCCUCUCUCACACAUCGACCUCCGUCCUCGUCCUCUCCGAAGCCUGAAACUGAAAAAAAAAAAGAAAACCUCCAGCCUUCUUCCCAGCCACUCCUGAGAAGCUCCCACGAGUUCUGACUUGCUGUUUCCUCGCAGUCCAAACAAUUCCUCACAGCUUCCUGGAAUACAACCAAUAGUUUCCAUCACAGGCGUCCCAUCUCUGCUCAUGUCUGACCUUUGCAGCCAAACCUCUACCAAAACUCUCACGCUAUAACUCCUACACUCCUCUCAGGCAUUACUCCCUCUCCCUCUAGAGCCAAGAGCCAAGAGCCAAGCCCUAGCUAUUUAUCCCAGAAUUCAACACUUACGUGAAAGAAUUUAAACAUUUAGAUCAUCUCUGUGGUAUGGCUUUGUUGUUGGAUGAUAAUUUUACAAGCAUAUGCUCCUCCUUUUUGGGAAACUUGUCUCAAAACAAAUUCCUUACAGUUAAGAAGAUCCAUGGCCCAAAUCAGGCCUAUUUUCACAAAAUUUAACACAAUUACAGACUAAAAGUAUUCCACACAAUCCAUCACUUCAACUAUAAAAAUAUGACUCUCAUAAAAAGCUGGAAAGCAUUUUUAAAUUAAAAAGCCUUUUUUGAGCUAAUGUCAUUGUUUCCUGUGUAAAAUGUUUGAUAAAUAAAGAUAAUUUAUAAUUAUCAGGAAAAUAUGUGCAGGAUAAGUGAGAAUUUAAGUGAGAAUAUUUAAAGUUUCUGUGAGGAACUGUCAUUUUAUGUCAACAAAGCAGAACUUCACUGAACUUUCAGUUUGUUGGCAGUGUUUUCUGAUGCUGAAAAAAGAAAACUUGAUUGGAAAACUUGAGUUGAUUUGCUGUUCAAUGCGACUUGUGUUGAUGUAAUAUUGAUCUACUGAUGGUUAGAUGAUUAUAGGUUUGUGCCUGGUGUUUCAUUUUGAAAUUGACCAGAUCCUCAGUGUUUUCCCUUGUCUGUCCUCCAGUGUUCCCACUACAUACAAUCAUCUUGAGUGGGCUAAGCUGUCCCUCAUGUUGGUAGGGCUAACGGUCAGAGAGGGAGUCAUGAAACAAAUGUUAAAUCUCUGAGCAAAACAUUAACAUGCAGAAGGAAGUUCUGUCCCAUUAGUGCAAUGUUACGGGCUCAGCCUGGGUAAAUACAGAAAAAAUUUACUAGUCCUAUUAUACGCCUGUCUGAACAAUCAUCCCCAUUAUUUUCCAUAAGCAAACCCACACUGGUGGUGGCGAGACACUUGCUGAUGCGGCCCUUUAGGCCAUUGCUCUAUUCCCAAUGCCACCAGUUUCCCAAAGAGAACAGUUGUUUUGUCCAUCUCGGCUGCCAUAGUGGCAGCUCUGUUUGAGGUGGUUAGAGGACACAGAAAAAGGAAUUUAGCCCCAUCUGUUGAUUUGAUUGUUAGAAAAGACAGGAGGCCUCAGCUGCUGGUGAAAUACCACUGCUCCAAUUAUUUUUU